AUGCCUUCUUCUGCGAACCCAACAACCGCCGUCUCCGCCCCAGGCAAGGUGCUCCUCGCCGGCGGGUAUCUCGUUACGGACCGCGACUACACGGGACUCGUCUUUGGCCUUGACGCCCGCAUCAAUGUUGUGGCCCAGGGAAUUCCCACCAUCAAGGGUGUCCAACUGAGCGAGGUCGUCGUCGAGAGUCCUCAAUUCGUGGGUGGGACGUGGCGCUAUGGCUAUCACCUUGCCCCUGAAGAUGGCGGCAUUACGGUUACGCAGCUGCAGGUUGGCUCGGCAACAAUCAACCCCAAUCCUUUCAUCGAGACCACCCUCUCCUACGCCCUGACAUACAUCUCUCGCGCCGCCCAUCAGCGCGCCUCUCACAGCAUGCAACCCGCCCGUCUCACCAUCCUCGCUGACUCGUCCUACUACUCCACCCCAUCCUCCGGCCCAGGAGGGCAGCAGCAACAGUACGCAUCUCCUCCCGGCUCUCGCUUCAUCCACCUGCAAACUCCCCUCCAUCUGGCCAAGAAGACUGGUCUGGGCUCCUCUGCCGCCCUGGUGACCGCCCUGACCGCUGCCCUGCUCUCGCACUACCUGUCUCCUACCCGCCUCGAUCUGUCUACGGACCGUGGCCGCGCUGUCCUGCACAACCUCGCCCAGACCGCCCACUGCCGUGCUCAGGGCAAGAUAGGCAGCGGUUUCGACGUCGCCGCCGCCGUCUACGGGAGCUGCCUGUACCGCCGCUUCUCCCCCGCCGUGCUGGACGGCGUUCCAGCCCCUGGGGAGCCGCACUUCGGAACCAAGCUGGAGGAGGUCGUGGCAGGCCCGCCGUGGGACACGGAGGUCAGGAAGGACGCCGUCACCCUGCCGCCUGGCGUGGCUAUGAGAAUGGUCGACGUCGAGUGCGGCAGCCAGACGGUCGGCAUGGUCAAGGCGGUCAACGCGUGGCGGGAGAAAGACCCAGAGGGGUCCAAGGCGCUGUGGGCGGAGCUGCAGAGCAGAAAUGAGGCGCUGGCCCGGGUGCUAGCCGAGGCCCGGGUCGACGAGCUGCCGGAGGCGCUGGCGAAGAGCCGGGCGCUGGUCAAGAAGAUAGGGUCCGAGAGUGGUGUGCCUAUCGAGCCGGACAGCCAGACGGAGCUGAUUGAUGCGCUAGGCGGGGUCGAGGGGGUUUUCGGAGGUGUGGUCCCCGGGGCGGGCGGGUUUGAUGCGGUUGCGGUGCUGGUGAAGGAUGAUGUGGAGACGGCUAAGAGGGUUGAGACGUUUCUGGAGGAGUGGUCGAGGAAAAAGGAGGCCAAGGUCAAGCUACUGAGUGUGAGGGGUGAGUUGGAGGGCGUAAGAACGGAGAAGCUGGGCGAGUUUGAGGGCUGGCUCGCUUGAUUUGUGGGAUAUUGUUGAUAAUUCAGAUCGGAAGGUUUCCGGUGGUAUUCAUGAGUUUACACGUUAUCAAAAGUCACUUUUAUAUACCAGUAUACACACAUGCUCAUUUACUC